AUAUCUAACGUUACAGUUCUUUAAUGUGUUUUGACUUGAACGACACUUCAGCAGUGCCAGCAUGUAUUUCGACACGUUUCCCCGGGAAGCCGUUGACCAGCUAUCGGAGACGGGACCGUUCUACGUGCGGCACAGAGACGGGACGAUGCGGUCCCGGGGCCGGCCGGCACACGGGAUGGGCCCGCCCGAGAAACGGCCCCGGUUGAAGUCGCCUGGUGCAGAACUUGACCAACGUAGCUCACAUGCUUCUGGAGUAAACGGUGCACCAAGAAAGUUGUUCAGCCUCUGCCUGGACUUUGUGGCUGAGAACAUCCACUUGGUGGACUCCCUUGUUGACUUCCCAGAAGUGGUGGGGCACCAGCUGUUUAAGGCAGUCCAGGAUGCUGGAAGAUUCCAAGUGCCAGAUGAUGCUGCCAGGACACUCGGCCUGUUCUGUGAGGCCUAUGGGGCCUUGGUACUGAGUUCUCUAACCAUCAGGGGACAGGUUCUACCGCUGAAUGACUAUCUACAACCUGGGAUUCAGUACAUGACAGCUCUACAGCAGCUUGACCUGAGUAAAUGUGGACUGGGAGAUGAGCAUGGCAUUCUGGGAGAAAUAAGUCAGAUGUCUAGGUAUUGUUUCUCCAAGGUGCUGAAAUGUUUUCCUGUGUUCUUACUUUUUAUAAAAUCCUACCCCGCUGCCAGUUUGACCCAGCUAAGCCUGCAGGGGAACUGCCUGUCCCAACGAGGUGUGCAGAGAGUCACCCUGCCGUACAAGAUGUUUGGGAGAGGACCGGCUGGCAUGGAGGUCUUCAAUCUGGCAGAUAAUGCAGAUUUGAGUGACAAGGUUGUGGGCUCUGUGCCAUUCAAGAGACUACGAGCUGUCAAUCUUUCCCAGACUAGUCUGACAAAAUCAGGGAUAAAGAAGCUGUGUGACCAGGGCUGGGCAGAGUGGACAGAGACACUGCCAGAAUUCAGUGACGACAACGCAAUCAGCAAUAUAGGAUGGGCACAGAAGGUAGUGGAAGACUGGUUUCAACCUGCAAAAACACAGAAUUCCUGUGUUCCAACAACGGCUGAUGAUGAAAAUAAGUCAGAUCGACGAUCACUGUCCCUACGCAAGUUCUAUCGAAAAACCUUACCACCCAAACAAAAACAUCUUAAGAACCAGAAAAGAAGACUUCAGGGUCAUCUUCACCUGUACAGAAAAGUUACCAACAACAGCCAAGAAAAGUACACAUCUGUACCAGCAACACAAGGAACACUUUCUUUCAACAUAGCACAAACAACCAAGCGUUAUGACAGCAGUGAUUAUGUAAUCUUUGAGAAAACUACGACCAAACAAAAAUGCACGCAAGGUAGACAACUAUCAAAACAAGACGGAAACAAGUCGUUGAAGGGGGACAAUAACAUGACAGUUGUAGUACGAGAAAAGGAUGAAGACAAGUUUAACAGCUGGUCAGAUGAGGAAGGAGACUUGUUAAAGAGCUACUUGCAGCCAGAGUCUAAACUGAGCCCAAAAUUGUCUCUUCUGUCUGCCAUGGAGAGGUGGUAG